UUUUAUGACUUUGGAAUUCCGCGUGUCCGCCAUAUUGGAUAAGGAAAAUAGACAAUUCCUUGGAACUACUGUGAUUUGGGGGCUAUAUCAACCAGGCUACAUUAUAAACCGACAGAAAUGGAGGAGAGAAGCAGUGAGAUUCCAGUGGACGAACUGCCAGCUACACAUCCUGGAAUGGAAGACAGAAGCAGGGACAUAAUUCCUAUGACUGAACAGUCACUUACACAUCCCAAGGACGAGACAAACAGCAGCGAGCAAUUAGACACGGGGAGGCAGCAGGACAAGGAAGAGGGCGUCCCAUGUGAGGAAACAUUUGGGGUAAAAUCUGACCAUCUUCCCGUUCAGGAUCAAACAGAGAAUGCGGUAAAGCGUAAAGUGGAUAAACGCUUUGCAUGUUCGGACUGCGACUUUAGGGCAUCUUCAAAAUGUUUCCUAUUAAGACAUAUCAGAAAACAUACAGGUGAAAAACCAUAUAAGUGUGACCAGUGUGACUAUGCUGCUGCACAAAAAAGCAGCUUAGACAAACACAUAAUAGCUAAACACACUGGAGAGAAACCCUACAUGUGUGAAGAGUGUGGAUUCAGGACGGCUGUCAGGUCUCAAAUAAGUGUACAUAUGAGAAAACAUACAGGCGAGAAACCCUAUAAGUGUGACCAAUGCGAAUAUUCUGCUACACAGAAGAGGAAUCUAGACCGACACAUGGCUAAACACAAUGGAGAAAAACCCUACAUGUGCGAAGAGUGUGGAUUCAGGACGGCUGUCAGGUCUCAAAUAAGUGUACAUAUGAGAAAACAUACAGGUGAGAAACCCUAUAAGUGUGACCAAUGCGAAUAUUCUGCUACACAGAAGAGGAAUCUAGACCGACACAUGGCUAAACAUAAUGGAGAAAAACCCUACAUGUGCGAGGAGUGCGGAUACAGGACGGCUGACAGGUCUCAUCUGUCCCGACAUAUGGUGAAACAUACAGGUGAAAAACCCUACAAAUGUGACCAGUGUGAAUAUUCCACCUCACGCAAAUACCAUUUAGACCGACACUUCCUAGGGCACACGGGUGAGAAAGAAGAUAAGAAAUAUAAAUGUGAUGAGUGUGACUAUCGUACUGCACGCAAAGGCUGCCUAGUCCAACACGCGAUACGACAUCAAAGUGAGAAACCCUACACGUGUCCACAGUGCGAAUACAGGACGGCUCGCAAGCCAGAUCUAACCAGUCAUAUGCGAAUUCAUAGCGGUGAGAAACCCUACAAAUGUGACCAAUGCGACUAUUCUACUUCAUGGAAAACUCACUUAAGGCGACAUAUGCUCAAACACACUGGUGACAGACCCUACAUGUGUGGGGAGUGCGGCUACAGGGCGGCUCAAAAAGUUUCACUUUCUCGGCAUAUGAGGACACACACGGGUGAGAAACCCUACAAGUGUCACCUCUGCGAAUAUUCCGCAGCAGUGAAGGGCAAUUUAAUCAGCCACUUAGCACAACACACUGGAGACAAGUCCUACAUGUGCGGCCAAUGUGGCUAUUCGACAACUCACCUUGGUAGCCUACGUGUACACGUGAGGAAACAUACAGGUGAGAAACCUUACAAAUGUGACCAGUGUGACUUCUCGUGUUCGUCAACAGGCAGCUUAAAGCGGCACCAGCUCACACAUACCGGUGAGAAACCCUUCGUGUGUGAGACAUGUGACUAUAGUACGUCUGACAAGUUUACACUUUCCUUACAUAUGAAGAGACACACUGGUGAUGAACCCUACGGUUGUGAGGACUGCGGGUACAAGACAACUAACAGGAAUUCUUUAACUAGGCAUAUUAGGAUACAUACUGGAGAGAGACCAUAUAAAUGUGAACAGUGUGGCUAUUCCGCCACAGAAAAAGGAAGUCUAAAGAGACAUAUUGCUGUUUCUGGACACUUACCUGACAGCAUAUAAAACACUUAAAACCAUAGCAUGAAAACCCUGCAUGUCUGUGGCUUAUGAGACCAACACAUCUGACUUGUCCCGACAUCAUGAGACACAUUCAGGCAAGAGACCACGUGAAUACCACUAGUGGGACUUGUAUGACUCGACGUAAUGGUACUUACACAUAAUCAAAACACAAUCCUUUGGAACUGUGCAUGCAUACAGAAUGCUGCUUUUUAUCCAGACAGUCCAUAGCACUUGUAGUGAACACGCUUCCACAGGGACAGAUGGACAAGAAAGUUAAGGACUUCACGUUGUUCAUUAGGCUUCUUUAGUGUUUGUGUUGUUUACCAUAUGCAAAUAUUUAAUUACGCGCAUGGUUCUAUAGAUGGAAAAGUUGCGGUUUCUGACUGAUUUUUACCUCGAGGAAAGCAAAUUCUUAAUUAAGAAAAAAAACUCUGUUUAGCAUUGUGCGACGGAAAAGCCUUCUCAACCGUGGCUAUUUUACUUGGCUUAUUUUAUGUCACCCUC